GAGAGAGAGAGAAAGCAGCAGUCAGGACGCACUCACUCCUCCUUCAGUCCUGCAGCCACGCAAACACUGACGGAGCUGCUGUCCGUCUCUCUCCAGCGGCUAAAACACUGAGCAGCGGCCUGGGAUUGUUCUGAAAACUGCUCCGUUAAAGUCUGAAAUUGAACUGAGAAAAAAGAGAGAGAGAGACAGAGAGAAAGAGGAAACUCCUGCGAGAACAAGGCAAGAAGAGACGACAUUUGUUCAGUCAUUUUCUUACUAGGACAGAGAGGAUGGAGACCAAACUCUGGACUGCCCUUUGUGCGCUCCUGCUCAUUAACUUUGGAUCUGCUGAUCAUGAUGGCGACCCUGCUGCUGCCUCUCCGACUUUGAAAAGUCCUCUCGGCAUUGAGGCACCUCCUGCGGUUCCAGGUGCAGACUCUGUGCCCGGUUCGAGCUCCGACCUAACCAGUCGUGCACUGAACAGCUCCGAGACAAACACAAACUCCAGUGGCACUAGCAAACUGAACAACAACACAGACACCAUCUCUUUGACAUCUGAAACAAGCAAACACAAUGCUACUAAAAACAUUUCUCUCUCAGUGGAUGUAGCAAAGAGUGGAAACCAAACAAAUCAGCCACUGUCACAGCCUUCAGCUCGUCCUCCUGAGAGCCCCAUCCCCACCACUCACACCCCCCCUUCCCCUGCUAAUCCCAGCACCACACACGUAGCUAACACUGCAGACGUUGCCGCAACACCUUCACCAAACCACAACAACACGUCGCAGCAUUCUGAGCCUCCACUUUCUGACUCCACUACGCAAUCACAUCAGCCAACACCAACUACAGCAGCCUCCUUCACUUCUACCCAAACGCCUGAGCCACCGAAGCCUGAAACUACCCCCACUACUACCACUAUUGCCACCACUACCACCCAGUCCACUUCAACAUCCAACACCGGCUCCCCCCAUGCGGUCACCACUUCUCAGCCGUCGACAAACAAGUCACAAUCCCCCAGCGAGGCCAUCCCGAAGGCAACCAGCCUCCCGCCAAGCAGCACUUCCGCCCAGACCAAAACCCAUGUCGACACCCCGUCCCAGCUGAACGUGGGGGGCGAUGCAAAAACGGACUCUCCCGCAUUAGACCCCCUCCUGGCCGGCCUGGUGUCGGCCUUCAUCAUCACUGCUGUCAUCAUCACUCUGCUCCUCUUCCUCAAACUGCGCCGAAGAGACAACAGACCAGAGUUCCGCAGGCUGCAGGAUCUACCAAUGGACGACAUGAUGGAAGACACGCCCUUGUCCAUGUACAACUACUGAUGGAGGCACAAUAGAACUUUUGGCACCCAGAUACCCUCCUCCAAUCAAGCCUCAGGCCGCUGUGGUUGUCGGACCUGGUCUUUCUUCCUUAAUCUGCACCAAACAGAAAGAACUCUGGGUAGGUGUGAGCACAUUUCUGGAUUGCUUUCAUUUAUCCAGAUUAUUGUAAAGGACAAGACUGAAACUGCAGUGGACAAUGAAGACAACACCCAUGAUGGGUCCCUUUGGAAAAAGUCUAUUUUCGGUGUCUGUAAUUGCAAAUUAGGCCUCUGCUCAGUACUGCUCUGUACACUUUAUAGUGUUCGGCCCAUCUUUUAGGGUUGUUGGGGUUGUAUAAUAAAUUUUGAUUUCCCAAUAGUUGAAAAGUGGAGGUGUAAAGCAGGCGGCAGCAUCAUCCAUCACAACUAUCUUUGUGAUGGUUCACACCAAGAUACAGUUUGAUCCCGUCCUGCCAGACUCACCUGGUGACACUGGUCUCAUCUCCCUUUAUCAGGUCAAGUCUGGCAGAAAUUUAGGGCGACUGAGAGGCAAGAGAAUAGAAAUGAACAAAACAAAUAGCCUGAUUAUAGUGUUAACAUGGUUGCACUUUACUUUUUCAGGAGUGGAGAAAAAUUGAAAAAAAAAAGGCAGAAUAAUUUUGUGUAUGAGACAAAUUAGGUUUUUGUGUGUGUACAUAAGCAACAUAGCAGUGUGUGCAUUUGUAGGUGUGUCUGCAUGUGUGAGAGUCUGUUAAAGGGGUAUGUAUGAUGUUUUGGUGGCAUGGCAGAGAAUAUUUAAUGUGUUUUUUUUUUUUCUAUGUUUUAGGUAACGCUGCCUUUAGGCCUGAUUUUGAUAUGUGCUGUGGUUUUUUUUUCUUUCUUUCCUGCAGUCUUAAGUCCAGGAGAGAGUGCCUUACACAGUAUAGGAACAGCUCUUAUUGUAUACUCCAUUUCAAUUCCACACAAACUAACUUCUAAAUUUACCAGUCAUUCCCAGUAUUUUGUGCGAUUCCCAUUUAAACGCACUUUUAGGGCCGGUAGUUGCUCUGACUUGCCUGUGUUUGAAGUUUGGCCUCCAGCGUGUUCACCACGAGGCACUCCCUCACACAAUGACAGCUGCAAACCGAAGUCGGUCAAUGGCCUUUUCACACAAUGUUAGCAUUGUCCUGUGCGUUGUAAAUACUACUGAUGAUUGCAUCAUGCAAAAGGAGAAAAAGACUUUAUGAAACUCCUCAUCCUAGCUGCUGCUGUAGCAUUCACCAGACACAAACAUGCCGAAACGUUCCAUGGACUGACACCUUAUCUUCAGUAAGCACGCUCACAAAUGUUCCUUUGAUUAUCCUGCUCAUCGGCCUCGCUGUAUACUUGCUAUGCAAAUGUGAAGGAAAAUAUGAGUGGAAGUGUGACACAUACAGGACAACAGAAUCACCCAUAUUGAUGCAAAACAAAUGCAGUUCCUCCUUAUUUGGUAUAGAGCUUAUCUACAGAUGCAAAGUGGAAACUGAUUUGAAUCAAGCUCAUGCAUCUGAGCAGUGCGUAUAGAGUUUGUUUGAACACAAGGUGUGGGCGUCCUCCCCUAGGAAAUUUUAAACAUCAAACGCUUGAUUUCCUGCAUUCUGGUGAAUUUGUAUGCAUCGAUUUGUGCCUUUUUCUGCAUCAGUUUAUAGUGGAAAUGUCUUUAUCAAAUGCAUCCCACCUGAAAUUUACGCCAAAACUGUGUUUGCGUUUUAAUAUUUGUGCCACAAACAGCUACAGAUAAAAGAAAAAUGGCAUAAAAUCACCAAGAGUAAAGUGAUGCACCAUCAGAACAGAUUCAGAGCUCUCUGGCACAGAUUCUAUGCACGUAUAAGACAAAAUAUCCCUCCUGCAAGAGUCGUAUUUGGUGUCCUGUGGUGGUAGCUGUCCAAAAUCUCCCACACUUGUGUACUUGGGUUAAGAUCUGGUGACUGUGAAGGCCAUAACAAAUAAUUUUUGUACUCAGUGUUAAAGUGUGUAUGUGUCCUGUAUUGUCCAUUUCUCUAUGUGUUCAAAUAAUGAUGAAUGAGGCUUUGCUGCCAGAUGUGGAUUAUGGACUGUUGAUUUAUGAUUAAAGGUAUUUUGGAACCA